CUUAGAUCUCGGGAGUCCAUCGUCGUUUGCUCGAAUUCCACUCGAGGUCCCAUACAUUUUCCCUUCGAAUGGAGCCCGCAUUUUUUGGCGUUCUGCUUGCCUUGUUGGACACCUUUGUUCGGUUCGUCAAUGCCAACAUACCACUUUUUCGAAGGCGUUGGAGCGUCGAAGAAAUGCCAGAAUUGAAAGGCCGUAUUGCCAUCGUCACAGGAGGUAACACAGGUAUCGGGUUUUUUGUUUGCCUCGAACUGGCUCGCCGAGGAGCAAAAGUUUAUCUAGCCUCCAGAUCAGAGUCCCGCGCUAAAGCGGCAAUCCAAAAGAUCAAAGAACUCAUUCCGGAUUCAGAGGUUGACUUCAUCCACUUCGAUCUCACGAUUUUAUCGUCGGCUAGAAAGGCAGCAGAUAGCUUUAUCAGCAAGGAGGCCCGACUUGAUAUAUUGAUCAACAACGCCGGUAUUUUGGGAACUCCCUAUAAGCUCAGUCCAGAUGGAAUUGAGUUGCAAGCUUGCAAUGCAAUCGGUCAUUUUGCUCUAACGUCACACCUCCUACCAAUUCUCAGAAACACAGCGGUUUCAUUCCCGGAUUCACAUGUCCGGAUAGUCAACGUUGCCAGUAUGGCAUAUUUACAGGCAGUUGCUCCUGACCUUUCUAGCCUUGAAGGAUUGAACAGAGCGGCCGAUUCACCGAUGGGCAGGUAUAACCACAGUAAGCUCAAUAAUGUUCUGUUUACGAAUGAACUUCAAAAAAGAUUUUCGGAUACCAGUAUACGCUGUCUAUCGGUGCACCCAGGAUUCGUUGCCUCUGGAAUCACGAGAGAUGCUUUUGACAACGAGGUAUUUGCCUACUUCUUGAUGAAAAUCAUACGCCCCUUCUUCGCUGCCCCAUGCAAGGGUGCAAUAACUCCGUUAUAUGCUGCCACAUCUCCCGAGAUUGAAUUAAAAAACCUUCGGUUUGUGGCAUUUAGCAAUUCCUCAUCACGCUCUAUUCCUAGCAUCAAGUUAUCCGGAAAGAUCGCUGACAUAGCAUAA